GUGGGCCAGAGUCAAAAUGACCCACCACUAACCGACGUCUUUGGCGGGCUUUACACAUAUGUUUACUUUUUGGUUUCAGCUUGGCAACAGCGCGACAACUGACGGAUCAAAUUUGCCUUAUUUGUACCCGGACCCCAGGGUGCCACCGUGUUUGUUUUGAUUUAUUAGUAAAAAUAGUAAGAAACUUUGAGAAUAAAAUAAUUGCCGUUAAUUAAUUUCAAUUUUACAGACAUCCCAGACUGUAUUAAAGAGUGAAUACAGUUGACACAAAUUAUUCUGAGGAAUUAAUUUCUCUUCAAAUAAGCGAUGUUUUUGUGGACCACCUUGUGAAUAUUGACUUUUGUACUUUUGAUUCCGUUUUUAUCACUUGUUGAUGUGGAAUCGUUUAUGAUUUCCAUUUAACUUUUUAUUUCAUUAUCACAAAACAGAUAACUGUCAUAUCACUUCAAUAGUGAGUUGCAUAUUAAAAUAAACAUAACACGUCCGACGUAUUUUUCCAAACACAAAUGGCUUUAUCAAAACCAGUGAUCAGUGCCUUGAGCUUUUACUUCGGUCAACUUUUUGAACAUCCAGUAAGGACAAAAGCCAUUACAUGUGCCAUAAUAGCCACAACAGGAAACUUAGCAUCUCAAAAAAUAAGUGGCAGCAAAGCGUUAGACUUUCACAGUCUCCUAGCAUAUGGAAUAUAUGGACUUGUAGUAGGAGGUACCAUUCCCCACUAUUUCUACAACUUCUUAGACUGGGCAGUACCUGAAGAUGCAUCAUUUCCCAUUGCCAAAAAACUGCUACUAGAACGUUUGGUAUAUUCACCACUGUACCAAGCAUUCACAUUGUAUGCAUUGGCUAGGUUAGAAGGUAAGGACCAUGAUGGGGCCCUAGAACAGCUGCGUCAUCUUUAUUUGCCAGUGCUCACCACCAGUUGGAAGUACCUUACUAUUAUUCAUCUGAUCAAUUUGAGUUUUGUGCCACCUAUGUUGCGCGUUUUAAUCAUUAACCUGAUGGGAUUCUUCUGGACGAUCUACAUAGCAAACCAAAGAAGACAACAGAAGGAAAAAGAAGGAAAGAAAAAAUAAAUUUUGUAAUACCAUCAUUAUUUUUAGGCUCAUGUAUUUUUAAGGAUCCUGCCAGUUGGUUAUUUGGGAAUUUGUGAUGGAACCAUAUCGUUGUUAGCGAAUUUAUAUAUUUAUACUGUUAGUAUAUAAUUUUAUGAGAUCUUGAACGAAAUGUUUGUCUUCUAAUAAAAGUAAGUAUUGGAAGAA